GAUUGACGCUGAUUACUCUUUUCUCUAUUUGUUACAGUUGACAUCUUAUCAUGGCGCCCUCUGAUACUCCUUCAGAGUUGGUUGUCAAGGGAGGUAAUAGCCAUAGAAGAUGGUACCCAUAUAUACUCAACUCGAACAAUAUCCCUGCUUUUCUACAAACACCAUACAUGCACACUUUAUCAUCUGGAAAGUUGCAGCAAAAAAGGAAAAAGGCAAGGGAAGCAACAUCGAUCGGUGGAUCAACUGCUUUUGCAAGAACACUCAUCAUGCAGAGCCUUUAUUUAUUCUACAGGACACCAAUCAAGCUGUUUCGACCUUUACGAGUGGAUUAUCUUGUUAUGGCAAGAGCCUUAAUGCCGGUAGACACUGCCAAUGCCAAACGAUUUUCCUUUAGAUAUACAUCCAUUGGUAUGAUUUCGCAUGCUGUAAAAACAAAGGGAUGGAAUUUUAUUCCUCGGCAUAUAUUUCCUCCACUAAUCGCAAACACACUGAUCGGCACUGUCCUUUACACCACGUAUAUUGCAGCAUUACCUAUGUUUCACCCACCAAGCGCCUACCAGCUUCACAGACCGUACCCUCCUCCACCAUAUUCCUCUGUGUUUGCUGCAGGAUGUCUUGCGGGCGCUGCACAAUCUAUCAUUGCCACUCCACUUGAUUCGCUCAAAGUGAGGUUCGAAGUAAAUGAUUUAUUAGAAGGAAAGCAUCAUUCUAUGUAUCAGUUUGCCAAGUCAACAUUUAAAGAACUAGGAAUAGCAAGUGCUUACCGUGGAUUUACACUGACCUUAGUGCGGGAUUCUCUCUCCUGUGGGUUAUUUUUUGCAACGUUUGAAUGGGUUAAGCAACAAGGCUAUUAUUAUUUUUUGGAUGAAAUAUAUGGUGUACAUGUUGAUUCUCCAAGUACAAUUAUGGAAUUAGAGGCAGGAUGGAGUUCUAUAGAAAAUGAUGACAGACCUACACCACCUGAUAGCUGUGAAAAGAAAGAGAAACCACCGCUGAUGUUGGAGCCAUUAUUUGUCAUUUUUGCUGGUGCAACAGCAGCCAUGGCAUAUCAACUGAUUGAUCACCCAUUAUCAAAGGUGCAUAGUAUCUUUUAUAUUGAAGAAGGACAAUCUGAAUUUACAAACAAACAUCGGCGCGAAUCUGUUAGAAGCUUAUAUAGACGAACAUUAGACCAAUGUCUUACACAGGUCAAAUUGAAUGGAGGAAGCUGGAGAAAGUUUUUAUAUCAGGAAUUUGGAAGCACAGUUGUGAGGGUAGUUCCGGCUACGAGUGUUGGCUUCCUAGUGUUUGAGCUGGUUAAACGGGAAAUUGACUUUAGGAGUAUCGAUUUUGACAAUUUAUAACGGUUAUAGUACGAUUCUAUGGAUUUUCUGUAUUUAUAUAUUUAUAUCAAUUUGUAUAUUUCCUUUUUCUUUUUUCUUUCAAUAUCCAUAAUGCUUGUACUAUAAUAAUAGCAACUUUCCUAUCUAAUAUCAUAGAAAACAAAUACAACCUCUUAAUAAAUCAUAGUUGAUAUAAUCGCUAU